AUGUCCGAUUGCUYUAUACCAAUAGAUAAUGUAGUUGAUUUAAACACUUUAGAGGACAAAACAUUGAGCAAUCAAGAAUUCAAAAAAGCUUUGAUAAAUAAAUUAUCACAUGUUGGAGGGAAAAAUGUAAAAACAGCCGUUAAGAGAUUCAUGUCAAAAUUAUUUACAAAUAGUUUUCUUGCGGAAUACCUAUUCAUUUACUGGAAAAAAGGGAAAAAGAAAUUUUGCGAUUUGUUUAUAUUUCCAAUUGUUUUAAAAUCCAUAAAAAAACAAGUAAAAUUCAAAAGUGCAAGUGAUCAUGAAAUAGAAGAACCAUUGAAAAUAUAUUUGGCUAGAGCACCCUUCGCAAACAAACGUUCAAAAACUUAUAAAAUAUAA